AUGGAUUCCACAGCAGCCUAUGCCUCUCUGGUGAAAGAUGUUAGUUCAUUUGAGUUCACAACAAACUAUCAUCCAUGUGAGCUAUUGCUCACUGGAGAUGAAGCCUUCCCAGUGCUGGUGAGCACCAAUGGGCAAGUGCUAAUUGCAGCAUCUUGUUAUGGGAAGGGUCGGAUGGUGGUUGUUUCCCAUGAAGGAAUCUUGAAGGACUCCAAGUUUUCCCAGUUCCUCAGAAAUGCUGUGGAGUGGCUCAGGCCUUCCCCUGAGACCCUGGUUGAGGUCCAUCCUCAUUUGGGUUCUCUCUCCCAGCUGCUGCUCAGGGCAGGCACCAAAGUGCAGGCUGGGGCAGAGCUCAGCCCCUCUCUGGGGGAUGCCUAUGACAGCACGCAGGCAAAAGACCUGGCUAGCUUUGUAAAGGGGGUGCUGCUCAUUGGCGGCCAGGCCUGGCACUGGGCUAGUCGACAUGGCAAGGAGAAGGUGCUGUUUGAAUUCCCUGGGAACCAGGUGAUCAGCGUGGCUGGCGUGUACUUCACAGGCAGUGAGGGAGAGACUGGCACUUUCUCAGUGUCCAAAGAAAUGCCGAGGAUUCCUCUAAUCACCCAACAUGGAUUGGAUGCGAAAAAAUAUUUAGAAGUUCUUUUGAAAGGAGUGACCAAAUUCAAGAUAGAAGAUGGCAGUGUCCCCUCCCAUCUACUCAUCUAUGGUGCAUUAGCAUUUCCCAUUGCUAUGAAUGACUCCCACCAGGCAUUCCUUGCAGCUGCACACUAUGGCAGGGGCCAUGUUGUGGUACUCACUCAUGAAAACUUUUUCCAAGCAUCAGCAAUGAAAACCUUUAUCCUCAAUGCCAUUGGUUGGCUUGAUGCUGGGAAGGGAGGACAAGUUGGUAUUGCUGGUGAUCUGCAGGACUUUUUCACUCUUCUAAGCCAGGAGAAGAUUCCUUGCAAGCUAACAGAUCUUAAGGAAAACUUGAGCGUGUACUGCUGCAAAGCCUACAGUGAUGAGGAGGUGGAGAAGAUUCAUAAGUUUGUUUCAAGGGGCGGUGGUCUGCUGGUUGGAGGACAGGCAUGGUCUGCAGAGAAUGCUGAUGAGAAUGCCAUUGCUGGGUUCCCUGGGAGCGAACUACUGCACAAGUUUGGAGUUGGUAUCUUGGGAGAUGCCAACAUACUAGCACCAAGUCAGCCAGUCUUACAUCCUGAUGAGGUUUUCUCACAGUACCACUUUUGCAAGGCACUCUACCAAUUUUGGCAAAACCUCAAGAAAAAAGAAGCUUUAAAGCCACCAUAUUCCUCCUGGCUCAAGAAAUUAGCACAGGACUCAACAAUGUUCCUGAGGAUUCUGGCUCAGACCUCCCUAGCUAUGUGGUCUGUUCAGGAGGAGAUGGCUGAGCUAGUGCUUUCCCAGGGGGUUCCUGACGUCAGUGCUGACAGCCCAGUCAAAGGCAGCUCUGAGGAAAUGGUUUUAAUCAACAUAGCUGCAGAGUUCUGUGACAACUUCCCUGAUGGUCCUCUGGUGGUCGUCGAUAGUCUUCCUCACCAUGUCCGCUAG